ACAUCCAUCCACGUAGGGAAACCAAUCGAUCCCUUGCGCGUUUGCUUGCUUGGAUCCACACACUAAUCAUUCUUCUCUUCUGGACCCUACUUAUUCACACCAUUUCCAUUCACUUUCCACUAAAGUAAGGGUUUCACAAUCUAACCCCUCCAUGCUCCAUGCUCCAUGCUCCAUGCUCGAGAGGGCUAGGUUAACGGUGGCUUAGCACGUAGCUCUAACCAAUGAACCUCCGGAACGGUUAAUUGUUUGUGCCAAACCCACCGUUCCGCAAAGAACGACGUACGAAUUGACGAUGCGAGCCUAGUUUCGUUCUCUGUUUCCCAAAUCUCUUUCUAAUUGAUCUGCUGUAUCGUUUUCGUGCUCAGUGCCACCAUGCCCCGUAAAGUAAAUUACGGACUCGAUUACGACGACGAUUACUAUGAUGAUGAUUAUGAUGACUAUGCUUAUGAUGAUGUUGAUGCAGAAGACUAUGGAGGACCUGAUACAAAGCAAGAGACCAUUAAGCUUGGCCUUUGGCAAUGCUCCAUUUGCACUUAUGACAACGAUGAGAGUAUGACUUUUUGUGAUAUUUGUGGUGUUGUACGCCGUCCCUUGGUUAAUACUGGAACUUCCAACAGUAACAAAACAGUUGAAGACGUAACCAAAAGUCCUGGAGCAUCCAAGUUGGCCAGAUCUCUUUUUCAAUCAUUACAACAACAGAUUGCCAAAGAGACUGUAUUAUUUCCAAAGCCAGAUGAUGGUUUUCUGACAGAUGGCAGUAACUUCUACAAGCUUGACAAUGUCCGAGGAGAAUUUCAUGAAAUUCAUAAGGAUUUUAGUACUCAAAGCCAUCCACAUUUAAACAUAGAUCCUUUCAAGUUCAAUGUUCCAUCCCCCGACGAUGUGGUUUAUACUGGCCUACGUUCUUCCAAAACGGGUUUGAAAGACAAAGCUACAAACUCUAAUUCUCAGCUUUCAUCAAGCACCAGAGAGAAGAAUGAACUUUCUGUACAGUCAAAUGCUGAAAGUUCAGACAACUUAUCAUCCUUAAUGCAAAAGAGCAGACAGGAUAGUUCAACUGAGAGCAAGCUUUCCAAAAAAGUAGCAAUUGAUCUGCAAACAAGUGGUAAAACUUCAAACAGCUUGCCGGAAUCUUUGUCAAAAGACAAAGAUAACAAUAUUAAUAAAAUAAAUUCUUCGAAAAAUGGUACAAUUGAUAUUCAAUCAAGCAAAGAAAAGUCAGGUAGUUUGUCUACACGGUCAAAAGUCAAGGAAAGUGAUAACAUCAGUUCCUCUUCUAUCAAAGAUGGAAAACCUGAAAGUAUUUCCAGCAGUUUCAGCAACAUGGUUGUCGAUGUAAGAUUUGGAAAUUCUGAUAACACUAAUGCUAAAGGAACUCACUCACGUGUUUCUUAUAAGCCAGAAAAAUGGAUGCUCCCUGAACAAGCUGAAGAUACAUUGACUCAGCUGAAUCUUGCAAUUGUUGGCCAUGUUGAUUCUGGAAAAUCAACUCUAUCUGGUAGGUUACUGCACCUAUUGGGACGGAUCUCCCAGAAAGAAAUGCACAAAUAUGAAAAGGAGGCCAAGUUACAGGGCAAGGGAUCCUUUGCUUAUGCUUGGGCACUUGAUGAAAGUUCUGAAGAAAGAGAACGGGGAAUAACUAUGACAGUGGCUGUUGCUUAUUUUGACACGAUGAGAUAUCAUGUUGUUGUGCUCGAUUCCCCUGGCCAUAAAGAUUUUGUCCCAAACAUGAUUUCUGGGGCAACACAAGCUGAUGCUGCAAUUCUUGUUAUAGAUGCCUCACUUGGUUCAUUUGAAGCUGGUAUGGAUGGCAGCAAAGGGCAAACAAGGGAGCAUGCACAACUUAUCAGAAGCUUUGGUGUUGACCGGGUUAUAGUUGCUGUAAAUAAGAUGGAUGCUGUUGCGUACUCCCAAGAUCGAUUUGAUUUUAUAAGGCAGCAGCUGGGAGUUUUUCUCCACUUUUGUGGUUUCAAAGAUUCUUCUCUAUCUUGGAUUCCCAUGAGUGCCAUGGAAAAUCAAAAUUUGGUGGCAUCCCCUUCUGAUGCUCGUUUAAAAAACUGGUAUGGUGGACCUUAUCUAUUAGAUGCAAUUGACUCUCUCCAACCUCCUACUAGAGAAUUCUCAAAACCUCUACUAAUGCCAAUAUGUGAUGUCAUCAAAUCAACUACACUUGGACAGGUUUCUGCCUCUGGUAAACUGGAAGCAGGAGCUCUUCGGAGUGGAUCAAAGGUCUUGGUUAUGCCUUCAGCUGUUGUGGGAACAGUACGCUCAUUGGAGCGUGACUCUAAUGCUUGUACUGUUGCAAGAGCUGGAGAUAAUGUAGCUGUAACGUUGCAAGGUGUGGAUGGAAAUCAUGUGAUGGCAGGAGAUGUACUAUGCCAUCCUGACUUUCCUGUUGCAGUUGCUAAGCAUUUGGAGUUGAAAGUGUUAGUGUUGGAUGGUGCAAGUCCCAUAUUGGUGGGCACACAGUUAGAGUUUCACAUACACCAUGCAAAGGAACCUGGCAGAGUUUCAAGAAUAUUAUCAGUACUUGAUCCCAAGACGGGUAAGGUGACCAAAAAGUCACCUCGCUGUCUCUCUGCAAAGCAAAGUGCAGUAAUUGAGGUGAUUUUGAAUGAGACAGUCUGUGUGGUAGAGUUCUCUAGUUGUAAAGCUCUUGGAAGGGUAUCCCUAAGAUCAAUGGGAAGAACGAUUGCUGUUGGAGUUGUGACAAGAAUAAUUGAAGAACAAGGUUAAUUUGUGCUAUUCAUCAUAUAAAAUGAUGAUAACAAGGAGGGAUUCUCAACAGACCAUGCAUCUUUGUUUGCCAUCCUAGCCUGGAUUAAGUUGUGCUCCCAGACCACAGGCAGCUAUAUAACUCUCGAUGAGGUUUAUGGGUUAACACGUGAAUUAUCAAUUAUGUAAGAAUGGUGAAGAUUUUUUUGUAUGUUUUUCACCAUAUAUGUAUCAUAAGAGAGCGUGCCUUUUCAAAAAAUCUAGACUUGUGUAUCAUAGCAACUAGUCGAACGAAGAGACGGAAAAGUAUACGAGGGAUGCAAUUGCUUUUAUUCUUUAAUGCCUAGUCUUCAUUAUAGAUUAAUCUA